CAGUGCAGCCUGAGCUGUGAAGUUAAAGCUCCGCUGUUUGGUGGCUAAGCUAACCAAGCUAAGCUAAGCUAAGGCAAGAAACUCAGUUAUCCAGCUCAGCGCUGCUACUGAAAUGCCUUACAUGACAACAGCAGGUUGUUUCCCCCUUUAGCGCUCCGUUUUCUCCCCUCGGUGUGGAGCUUUUACUGCACAGUGAACUUUUUUUCGUGGCGGGAAUGUUGGAGCUGAAGCUCAGCAGCUCGCUAGCUAGUUAGCGCGUUAGUGAAUUAAACGGACUUUCAGCUUCCAGUCAUUCAGCGAACUUAGUUCUCGGUUUGUGGCAAAACCGUCCGAUUAUAUAUGUUUAUACUGUAUAUCUAGAGCCUUUUGGCCAGUAAGGAAUGGGGUCACUUUGCUGUGGGCCCUGCGGUUCUGGUUGGACACAAUGGGCUCCGGGUGAGUAACGGCGAGCAGCAGCAGCGCCCUAGCGGGUCAGAAGCCCUCAGCCCGGGGAGAGACGGAGCACAGAGACGCUGCACAGGAGCGACGAUGGCUUCGUCUGGCUUCAGAUGACGUCCUGACUCUGCACCCAUGAACGGGGCUGAUCUAGAGGAAUAUGAAAGUGCGUCCCGACACAAGCGAGAAUGACCCAAGCUGCCCUCCAGAAGCACUGAGUCACACCGCGCCGGGCCGCAAAGACAUGGCAGGCGUCAGUGACGACUACAAGCAUUUGUUUUUCCACAGUCAUCUCCAGGACAAGCUGCCUCCUUUUUGUAGGAGUGCAUCGCAGUCUGGAUCGAAAUGUCGAGGAGAUGAAUGUGUGCAGGUUUCAGACGGGCUGUGCAACGGUUCUUCUGAGAACGUGGUUUCAAACUGUGUCAUGAUGGAGAUCGAGGACAGCCGGUCUUCGCCCGACGCCUGUUCGUCCAACACGGUCGAUGAUGGCGACGAUGACGACGACGAUGAUGAUGAAGACCUCACACCGGAGGUGCAGCAGGCCUACAGGAUCUUCCACAGUUUCCUCACGGACAAACACAAAGCUCUGACUGCGCCAUUCUGGCAUCCGAAUGGCCCUGGAGAGCGAGGAGGAAACGAUAUGAGCUUUAAAAGGAUAGACGACAAGUUUGUCAACCGGGAGUAUGAAAGUAUUACCGAGUUUGUGGCCGAUUUUCGCCUCAUGCUGGAGAACUGCUACAGGUUUCACGGCGUCGACCACUGGAUCUCCAAACAGGCUCAAAAACUGGAGAUCAUUCUGGAGCAAAAGCUGACACUACUGUCAAGGACCCUGAGAGAAAAGACGACCUUGGCAGUGACCUCUGGGGGGCGCUUCGGCACUGAAGACGAGAAAGGUCCAGCUGGCACCUCGACCAGGCGGCGGUCUGUGCCACGGAGCCUGGCAGCCAUUACGGUGGGCGGCUGCGAGUCCAUCAUGCUGCAGGCCCUCCGACUGGAGGAACAGCAGAGAGCCAAGGAGGAGAAAAGGCAGCGAGAGCUUGAGAAGAAAGAGGCUGAGGAGGCGUCGGCCAAAGAGGUGGAGGAGUGGGAACGCUGCCUCCUCUCCCUGGCUGAGCCGUGGCCCAUCAGCACAAUGUGGGAACUUCCUGCCAUUGGUCAUUUUCUGUGCCUGGCCCAGACGGCUCUUAACCUGCCCGAAAUAGUUUUCUUCGAGCUGGAGCGCUGUCUGCUCAUGCCCCGCUGUAGCUCUUUCCUGGCCAAGGUCAUGACCUCCCUGUUGUGCCAGCCCCAUCGCAGGGCGACGCUCCACAGGCGUCCCUCCCUACCAUACCGCCGUUGGGAGGCGGAGCUCAGGCAGAAGGUUCUGGGCUGGUACCAGGAGGUGGGCCGGGCCGAGGACCAGGUGGCCCGUGUGGAACAGCUAGGACUUUGCCACCAAUUUUUCUGGACCUUGGGUGAGACAAGUCCGUUGGACAGUACGGCCUUUCACCUCCUGCCCUUCAACCAGCGUGUCUGGUUGCUCAAAGGCCUUUGCGAUAAUGUAUACGAAACGCAGAAGGAUGUACAGGACGCUGUCCUUGGGCAGCCCAUUCACGAGUGCCGAGAGUCCAUCCUGGGCUACGAUAGCCAAGAGAAUGCCUACAUACACUUCCCACAUUUCUGUGGUGCGGAUUUGCGGAUUUAUCGCCAAAGUCCAUGUGCAGCGCUGAGCUUCCCCUUGCCGCCAUUCCACGUGAAGAAACUAGAGUGCGAAGUGGCCACCAGGGGGUCCAGUGACAUCUCUGCUGUGACCACCAGUGGGGCUCUCGAGCCGUGGAUCAGUGAAGACGAUUCGCUUCGAGACAUGGAUGCUAGUUUGGAAGAAAGUGAGCCAGAUCAAAAAGGCCCCAAAAGAUUCCUGUUCCCACAUAAAGAGGAACUGCCAAGUCCUGGAGGCAUCAAGGAAGAACCUUUGAAGGUAGAGCAGAGAGUUAAGUUAAAAGAACAGAAAGACAAAAACGAGGUGGCAGAAGUUGUUUCUGACUGUGAACGCUGCCUCACGGUGGGGGAAAACUGCUACAAAGGGAAGCUUCCUGCCAACUUUCUGAGCACAGACACUUUACAGCCUUCCUUGCAGUUCAUCCCGAAUGCCGCACAAAAAGACGGACCCCCUCGUCGGGACAGGGGUCCUUGUCCAAAGUGUUCUAUGGACUCUGACACUAAACCUGAGCAUCGUUCAUGCUUUUGUUUCAAAGCCGAAGCCGACAGAACCGGCUCCGUGUUUUCUCGGCAGGCGGGCCGCUCGGGGGUUGAGACGGGAAGAAUGCGCUCCAAAAAAAAGAAAAGAAAGAAAAAGAAAGAGAAGUCAGUUGGGGUCAAGGCAGGGACAGGCAAACUGGGGCUAAAAACAUUUCGGCAGGCCAGAGCAGCCAAAAGAACCCUGCUCAAAACUGCCACUGCCACCAUGAAAAGGAGGGAUAAAAGGAAAAAACGCAAGUUAGGAAGAAAGUUUGACUCUAAAACUGGGGGAAAAGAGACGGAGCCUCCACAGCUCCCAGUGGAGCCAACGUUUAAGUUGGUCUGCACCAGUUUAGAUGAGCUGAGGGAUCUCAUCAGCAAAACGGAGGAUGAGCUGGACGAGUUGGAGAGCACCAAAAAGAGAUGUGGAAGAUGGUACUUAAAGAGGGAGUCAGUGAAAGAGCUUCACAUUACUCUUAUAAGACUGCUAAAUGAGCUGUUACCAUGGGAACCCAAAUUGCUCAAGGCUUUCCAAAGGAACAGAGCCAGGCUGAAAAAGGAGAGCGACGAUUUCAAAAAGCAUCCUGAAUAUGAAAACUUCGUUAGAGAGGAGUGCAUGACAGAUGAAGGAGACGGAAGUGCAUGUAAAAAAGGCUCUUCUGCAGAGACUAGUAGAGAAUCGGAGGACGAAGACAGAAUCGAAAGAACUUUGAAGGGAGACUCUGGGGUGACAGAAUGUGAAAAUCAGCAUGGGAAUGAGUCAUUAGGACGCCUAAUCCGUGGACAAGAAAGUAUUGCAUCUUUGAGUGAGUCUGGACCUUUGACUCAAAGCUUAAAGCAUCGCCAAAGUUGUGGCCUAGAUGAGGGCUUUAGUCCUAGUAAAAGAGGGAAGUUUGUUGAUGAUUCUGUGAUUUCUGAACCUCAAUUUGAGGUUACAUGCCAUAAUUCAAGCAGAGCAAACCCUCUAACCACAGAAAGAGCAUCGGCGAUCACUGCACCUGUGGGUACUUUUCAGAGACACUGUAAGCCAAUCCAGGCAUUGCUGGCCAAGAGUGUUGGAAACAAAGUGACCUUAAUGAGUCAUCCACAGGCUACUGUGAUGGCACAGGCUCUGCGACUGCCAAAUAAGACAGUAUCUGCAGCUGUAUCGCCAACCAAACCCACAACAAGCUGUCAGUUGACGCCGCUGCCAGCACCAGUCACCACACAGACACAGAUGCCCAUUACGUCAUCUGCACCAGUGCAGGUUGUAUAUAACAUGUCAGACAGUUUGAGUUUGCUUAGGAAAGAUGGCACCCCACUCAAGUUUUCCAUGCAGCCAGUUAUGGACCAGAAAACAGAGGAGAAAUUAAUGCAGCAGAUUAUUAUUCUUCCUUCAAAUUUGCUCAUUCAAACCGAGGAAACAAGAACUCAGCAGCCAUCCGUCACUUCUAAGACUACUACAGUUUUGUCCAAUACUCUUGGGUUCACUGUGCCUGAAAACAAGAUUCCUGUCCAGCAAGUGGCUCCAUUAAAAGAUACUAGCAUUGUGAAAACACCUUCACCUUCUGUUUCACCCAGUUUGCUGAAGUUAACAUCUUGCCGAGCUUCGCCCAGCCCUAAAAAGACUACUGAACCUCACUCAACGCUAAAUAGAUCCCCUACCCCUACUUUACCAUCUACACAUCCCAACAAAUGUGAUGCUAAGCAGGAGUUGAAGACCAUGUGCAUCCGAGACUCACAGUCCAUCCUUGUCACAACGAGAGGAGGAAACACAGGAGUGGUGAAGGUUCAGACGUCAGACCAGAGUGGAGCAGGUUCUUUACCAUCGAGCCCUGUGUUCACCAUGCCUCCCCAGUUUCAAGCUUUUCUAGUCUCGAGGUCAUCCGCGAUGGCAACAUCCACUGCUCAAGCACAAAUUGCAACUACCACUGCCAAAUUAUUGCCUAUUAUCUCUCCUCUGAAUGACAGGGGUAACUCCUUGAAAUCUUCACCCCAGUCACCUUUAAAACAUGUCGGUGCAGUGAAUCCAUCCCUUCUGGUUGAAAGAACAUCUGGUGCGGUAACUUUGAACACUGACCCACCUAUUCCUGUAACAUCUGUUCUUGACAAUCAAACAAAAACUGCCCAGACAUUAAUCAGCGUUAACUCACUACUUCCAGCACCUUCCCAAAGCGAUGUUUCCUCAACUGUGAAGUCUGUCCAAGGCAUCCCUCAGACCACUACCUUUAAUAGUAUAAUCCGAUCUCCUCUGAAGAGGUGUCAAGCAAGCAGUGUUGAGCCAGAACAGUCCACCUUCCCAAAAGUUUUCCUGGUCACACCGACAACAAAUAUCCCUUCAUCAACAGCGAAUGUCACUACUGCUCCUGCUCCUUCUGCUGUUUCCGGGUCAAGGGUCUUGUUUAUGAGUCAGUCUGCUUCUGCCUGCUCUACUGUUACCAUUCCUGAAGGAUCUAUAACAUCUGAGUCCAGCACUGCCGCAGCUACUUCAUUACCAGUUGAAGGUAUGAAAGUUAGACCGAACUUUGUCCAAACCACUGGUAGCACAACUACCGGUACUUUAACUAAAGUCCAGGGUAUCAAUAUUUCAGGGUUAACAGCUAGGAUUGUAAACGAGAAAACACUCACAAGCAAGAAUCUAGUGCCACCCACUGAUGCUGCCGCAAAAGUCACGUCUGUGACAGCCUCCAGUGUACUUGCAACUUCUUCCAGUGGGCUCAUUUUUGUUCAAAAAAGCAACCCUCCUGCGACUAACUGUCCAUCACUGAGUAUCAAAGCUCCUGUAAAAGUUACUGGAUCCACAGAUGGCAAAACUGUCACAUUUUCAACUUAUGGCAUUGGGCAUAUGGCUUCCUCUGCGCUCCUUUCAGCAGUAGAUCAAAAGAAUAUGUCAUCCACAGUCCCAAUAUCAAACAUUCUAAAUACAAAAUCAGAACUGGUAAUUGGCAGUUCAGCUCCAAACUUAGCCAGUCUUUCAUCGGGAAGCCUCAUUAACAAAGACACUACUUUGCCAGGAGGUCUGAUGACUGGCAAGCCAUGGGUUACUACAUCCCCUACUACAGCUUCCUCUACUAUCAAACUUGCGACGUCGGUUCCAAGGGUCUCUCAUCCUCUUACUCUGAUUACCACAACAGCAACACACAUAUCAGACACCACUUCUCCAGCACCUCAACCAGGUUUGACUUCUGUGGUCAGAGCUCCUAUAAAUCCCAUCAGUGGUACCACCACAGUACAGGAAAAAGUUUUGAUCAAUACCAAUGCUCCACUUGCUCCUGGAACCCAACUGUUUAUCAACAACAUGAGAUUUGUGGUACCUGCUCAAGGCCUUGGACCUGGUAGUCAUGUUCUUUUCAUCUCCAGCCCUGCCAUGCGCCCUGCAGGACCAGUGGGGACAAGUCCUUUGCCUCUUGUCCCAAGGGGGGCAGGGACUUCAAACCUUCUUCCCCCUACACCAGUUGUUCAAGGUCCAAGAAUGGUAGCACCGGUGAUGCAAUCUCAUCGUAUGCCUGUUAGGCUGCCAGUAUGCACCACAACAAAAAUUGGAACAUCUGUCCCUUUUCAUCAACCCUUAACCACAGUCAGACCCCCACUGUCCUCUACUGAUUCUACUGCCUUUGCACAAAUAACUCAGCUAGGGACUGUCAUGUCAUCUGGACAACAAAGCUUGACCAAUAUUGUGAGGCUUCCGUCCUCCUCAGCUCCUGAAGGUAAAGGACACUCUGUUGUGCCGUCACAUGGUGAUCCCAGCUGCCGAAAAAAAGAAAUUGUUGCAGUUUCUGCGCAAUCACAGAGAGGUUCACAGAGCAUGGCAACACCAGCUCUUGUUCAAACGGGACUUGUAAGUGCACCACCAAAACCCCAGCUAACGUCAGUCCUAUCACCAGUGAUUUCUCGUACACCCCCGAUGGUUACAGUGCCACCCAUGAGUAGCACAAUAUCAAGGAUGCAGACCCUUCCUGUGGCAACUGUUCCACCAAUCGGGGGUUCCAUCAGUAGUUGUCAGGCCACUCCCAUUGCAACAGUACUUCCAUCUGUUAACACAGUUAGAAUGGCAGGUAGAGGUGUGCAACCUGGAAUUAUGAGAAUGCCAGUUGUCAUAACCAACACAUCACAAGUUCAAGGCAAGGCUCCAGUGCAGGUCCCAGGUGCACACACUGUCCAUACCCCUAGUAAACUGUUGUUGAGUCCCGAUGGUGCCAUUUUGAAUGUAGUUAGAUGCCCAGCCCUACAAAAUCUACCAGUGAUGACAAAUGCAAUGACAGCUCAAGUGGUGGUUCCCACCUGUAGUGGUGUGACUGAACCUGAUAUGAACACACUUGAUUCCCAGAGGAUGCUAACAGUUAAUCCAGAGAGACCUAAUCACUGAUAUUUGUCUCGAAUGCAUCAAAUGUGACCUUUUGUUUACCUUAGUGAUAAAAAAGGACCUUUAAGGACCUUUUGAAGUUGGUUGCUGAAAGAGGUGUGAUGGAUGCCUUUCUUUUCUUUUCUACCCCUGAAUUAGAAUGUUUCAUUCUUCUCAAUAAGCACUAUUUUGUAUCCUGGGUGUUUUUACAUCACCUAUAGCAGGAGUACAUCAAAUUUGAUUUAAAUAAUAAUUGAAAUGGCCAGUUAUAUAUAUAUAUAGUAAACUAUUUUAUGGGCUUUUCAUACUCAAUUAGUAAUCAAAAACUAGAUUUCAGAAAAAUUUUAAUAUUUUGUAGCAUUUUUCCAUCGACAGAGUUAUUAAACAAUGCAUAUUCCACUCUUUAGAGUACUCUACAUGCAGUUUUAGCAUAUGUCUACCAAGACUGUUCAGGUCAUUAGCUUGGUUAGCUUGAUCACUGUUAGCAGCUGGGUUUUUUGGUUUUCUUUUGCACACAUAGACAUUGAAACUAACAUAAUACCAAUUACAGUACUACCAUAUGAUGUUGUAAUUCAGAAGUCCUUUGACUACAGUUUACAUGUUGAGAGUUAGAAUUAUUUAUUAAACUGUCUUCCUUGGAUUUUUCAAAAAAAUUCUAGUAGGUAUUUUGGACCACUCAUAUUGGACAAGAAAGAAAUAAAUGCAGUUCUUUGUUCUUUA